UAGCUCUUUGGUACACAGAGGACAAAAUCACAGUAAACCACGCCAUGAGCCGGACCACCUUCUUUGAGGUGGAGGUUCUCGAUGCCAAGACAAGGGAUCAGCUGUGUUUUUUAGACAAGGUGGAGCCCAACUCAACAAUAGGAGACAUAAAGAGCCUCAUUCACAAAACCUAUCCUCACUGGUAUCCAGCAAGACAGGCCCUGAAGCUUGAUCCCAAGGGAAAAUCACUCAGAGAUGAUGAAAUCCUACAGAAUCUGCCUGUUGGGACCACUGCCACCAUGUAUUUCAGAGAUCUUGGGCCACAGUUAAGUUGGACUAUGGUGUUUCUUGCCGAGUACAUCGGGCCACUUCUCACCUACCUCCUCUUCUAUUUUCGAGUUCCAUACAUUUACUCCCACAGACACGCCUUCACCUCCAGCCCGUAUCCUGUCGUCACAUUAGCCUGCGUCUGUCACACCUUCCACUACAUGAAGAGGCUCAUAGAGACUAUCUUCGUGCAUCGGUUCUCCCACGGGACCAUGCCUCUCAGGACCAUAGUCAAGAAUUGUGCCUAUUACUGGGGUUUCUCAGCCUGGCUGGCCUACUACAUCAACCACCCUCUGUAUACUCCUCCAUCAUAUGGAGAGCUACAAGUCAACUAUGCACUAGUUAUAUUUGUGAUGUGUGAACUGGGCAACUUCUCCAUUCACUUGACUCUGAAUAAUCUCAGAGGAGAUGGAUCCAAGGGCAGAAAGUUUCCUGUGCCAAACAAGAACCCCUUCACGUGGCUGUUUUUCUUUGUUUCCUGUCCGAAUUACACAUACGAGGUUGGAGCUUGGGUGAGCUUUUCCAUCAUGACCCAGUGUCUGCCAGUGGUGUUCUACACAUUCCUGGGGUUCAUUCAGAUGACCAUCUGGGCCAAAGGGAAGCACAGAGCCUACACCAGGGAGUUCAAGGACUAUCCCAGCCUGCGAGUGGCCAUCAUCCCCCUGAUCCUCUGA